UACACACUCUUAUCACAAUGUCUUUCCUCCGCAACGUCAAGAGCCUUGCUCCCCUCCUCGACCGCGUCCUGGUCCAGCGUGUCAAGCCCGAGGCCAAGACCGCCUCCGGUAUCUUCCUCCCCGAGAGCAGCGUCAAGGAGCAGAACGAGGCCAAGGUCCUCGCUGUUGGCCCCGGUGUCUUCGACAAGAACGGCCAGCGCCUCCCCAUGAGCGUUGCUCCCGGUGACCGUGUCCUGAUCCCUCAGUUCGGUGGCAGCGCCGUCAAGGUCGGUGAGGACGAGUACACUCUUUUCCGCGACCAUGAGAUCCUUGCCAAGAUCCAAGAGUAAAUUGGACGAGUGAAAUGAUAUUCAGCUCCGUUGUCUUUCUGUUCACGGGUUAAGGCCGAAUCACUUGUACUAUACCUCCUACGCAAAAUCAUGAGCUUCAACCAUCCAACUCCGGGAAUACUCAUAAUCAAAAAAAAAAGAACCACCGAAGAGGUAUCAGGAGGGACUUGUCGUCCCUCCUAAUCAUCUUGGGCUAACGUCUUGUCUGGCAUUUAUUAUCGAAAGCGUGAAAUGACUGUUUACAUACCACACGAUGUACUUUUAAAUAUAGCAAUCAUCCUGUCCUACAUUGUCUGGCGCGAUGAGGGCAAGUAAUCAGAUAUGAUAAUCUCCUCUCUGCUAUUUUUUUCAUAUUGAGUAUGACAAACUUCUGGGGUAGAAUCAUCUGCACCUUACCGUUCCGUCCAACAAGACCGAUAAUGUGAC